AUUAACAUUUGUUUUUGUUGUCCCUUUUGUUGACCAUUUUCGUUGUGCACGUUUAAACUUAUGGAAAUAACAAAACAAAAUUAAAUUGAACUCCAUGAAAUCCCACAAAACGAAGAAUUGAUUUCAAUAUAACAAAGCCACACACAAAUUUCAAAACCCAUAUCAAAAUUAAUGCGCUGCUACAUCGCUUGGACUUUGCCUUGAACACAAAUUGAAUUUCAUUAGAUAUUUGAACAAAAUUUCAUACACAUAUGGAGCAAUCCAAUGGCAAUCGUAAGCAGCUCUCUGAGUCCUCGACACUCGGCAUGACGGAGAGUGGCAGCAAUAAGCGAAAACUCUACGCCAUCGAUGAGCGCGAGGAGAGCUCUCCAGUCACAGUGAGUGAACUGGAACCCGAGGCAGAGGCUGCCUACGAUGCGGAUGUGGAUGAACUGGAGCAGCCCGUGGCAGGUCCGCCGCUUGCCAAAUUGGCCGGUGAGCGUGAUGUCAUCUAUGAGCUGUUCCAGCCCUGGGCACUAAAAACCUAUGGCGAUCAGGCAAAGACCAAGACGAUAACGCUGCGCAAGAAGGCGCGCAUUCUAAAAGCACUCGAGGGCAAGGAACACAGUCGUCCGGACAGCUCCAAGUUUCGCUUCUGGGUGAAGACAAAGGGUUUUACCACCAAGCGACCUGAGGGAUUCGAGGAGGCGCCGGGCAGUCAUCGGCUUCUUCAGCCGCUGCCCAGCACUGCAGUUCUCUCCGAUAAUCCAGGCGCCGUCGAUCUGUUCGCAGCUUCGGCUAGCAAGGACUUUGGUCGUCGCAUCUAUCGCAAGGUGGCUUGCGUGGAGGAAUUCUUUGAUAUCAUCUACAACGUGCACAUGGAGCUGGGCGGACGCAGUGGCAUGCAUGCGGGUCAGAAGCGCACGUAUCGCAUUAUCACCGAGACUUAUGCUUUUCUGCCCCGUGAAGCUGUCACACGAUUUCUAACCAUUUGCCCCGAAUGCAAAAAGAACCUGAGACCCUCAUCGCCCGCAACGGGCGGCAAGGAGUCGGAGCUGGUGGGCAAUGAGAGUUCGUCCGAAGUGGAGAACUACUUGAGCUACUCAUCGCACACCGAAAGCUCCCUGGAAACGGGUCCUGCGGCCAAACGGCGUCGCCACUCGAGUGCCGAUCUCAAGGCACAUGCCCCCUUGACCGCAGGAUCUGUUGCAAGCAGCGCCAGUGCCAACCAGCUGGACGCCAUUACAGCUCCAGCCCCCAGUCCCAACACUAACAUAAGCUCGGCCAAAGUCGAGGUGGCUGUCGAAACAGCGUCGGUCAGCGUGCCCAAGAUACGAGUGAAGAGUCAAUUACAACGUCCGCUUAGUCCGCCAGCGGCGCCAGGAGACAGCAACAGCAGCCCCUUACCCCCUUUGCCCCAUCCCCUGACUGACCCCGCACAGCUUCAUGGCAUCGAUAUGCAGCUGCUGAAGUCGCGGGAUAAUCUAGUUCGCUAUUACGACUUUAUGCGACGCUUCUAUGCCGGUGGCUCGUUGCUCAGUCAGCCGGUUUUAGCACCGCCCCUUUACGGCAGCAGUCUGCUGCAGAGUCUUAGCUAUCCAACCACCACCACCACCUCUACUACAAGCACCGCAGCUACCACCACCAGCACAGCAGCAACAACAACAACAUCUAAUAACAAUAGUCAGACACAAGCCAAGCCGUUGUCCGUGGCAGCGCCUCUCAAGACAGUUUCCCCGACGCCAACUGCGUCCGGCUCUCAGCAAUUGAAGACAUCCCCUGAUAGCUCGUCUCGUGCACGCUCACCGAUCGUUUCGCUGGCCACGCCCUCCAUACCAUAUACGCCCAUCAAUUUAACAAAAGCUCCAUUUUCCAGUUGCAGUUCCAGCAGCAAUGGGCAGCCCACCUCGCAUUCCACGCCCGUUGCUAUGCCGCCCCUUAAACUGGAGCUCCUCAGUCCACCCAAGCCAUUGGCAGAUCUUCGCAUUCCCCAAUUGUUGACGCUGCGUGGCGCUGCUGCUUCAACGGAGCAGCAUCCGUUGCCUGUGCCGCUGCCGCCUCUGGACUUGGAGCGAUUAAAGCCCAUCACAUCCACCUAUUUGCAGCUAACACGCAGCAUGGGUCUCAGCGAUGAGGAUGCUUUGCGAUUUGACAAUCUGGAAACCAUUCCAGCAACACCGGCCACAAGCACCGACACCAGCAGUGUGGUUGGUGUAGGCGGUGGCGGAGGCGGUGGCGCUGGCGGCGGCGGCGGAGGAAUCGCCAGUGUUGCCAGUGGACUGGGUGACAUUGCGAGCAGCCUCGGCGGCGGCAGUGGCAGCGAGUCGGAAGCCUACGCGGGUCUCAUGAAGGAUGCGGACAAGCUGAAGCUGAUGCUCCUGGCCUGGAACUAUCAGAACUCGACGGCUGUGCGCAAUGGCACCGAGGGACCAGAUCUGAGUGUUGUCGGCGGCCUUUGGGCGCAGUAUCAGAAUGCUUUGGCCCAGAAUGCAGCGGCUGUGGCAGCAGCCAGCAGUAAAAUGGACAGCUCAUUGUCGCCGGUUCCCAGACAGGAUGCACACUCGCCGAUGGAGGCACAGGACGAGACGAACUCGUCGGGCCAGAAGGAGGAGGACGAGGUUUCCGAAGAUGAUUCCGAUGACAAGAUGGACGAGAAAUUGGCCACCACACACGAUCCCGAGCGCCUCAAGGCCUUCAAUAUGUUCGUGCGUUUGUUCGUGGACGAGAAUCUCGACCGGAUCAUUCCCAUUUCCAAGCAGCCAAAAGAGAAGAUUCAAGCCAUUAUCGAUUCAUGUGCCCGACAAUUUCCCGAGUUCAGUGAUCGUUCCCGCAAACGCAUUCGCACCUAUCUGAAGUCCUGUCGUCGCAACAAAAAGACACGAGACGGUUGGGAGAAUACGACUCGACCGACGCCCGCGCAUCUGACCUCCGUGCAGGCGGAACAAAUCCUGGCGAUUGCCUGCGAGAACGAGUCGAUGAACGCGAAGCGAAUGCGAAUUGGCCUCGAGCCAAUUACACAUGCGGUGCCAGCGCCGGGCAGCGUUGUGGCAGCUGCAGCUGCAGCGGCAGCUGUUGCCGGCACCAGCACCACAUCCGCGAGCAAUGCGGCCACCGUAACCUGCACGGCAGCCGAUGCGGCUGGCCUCACCAGCGUGGCAGCGGCAGCGUUGCCAUUCGUUAGCGCCGUCGGCUUCGCACGCUCCACACCGAACUCGGAGCACGCGGAUACCGCGUUCGGUGGCGCCUCCAAUUUAGGCGCCGGCGCUGGCAGUGCAGGCGGCAACAGCACUAGCGGCGCAGCUGGCGGUGGCACCGGUGGCAUGAGCUCGGCGCGCAGCUCACCGCUGGCACUCAGCUCAAAUGCCAGCGUUGGCGGAGCGAGUGUCACGGGCUUGGCAUUGGCCAAUGGGGCUGGAGCAUCGAAUGGCGCCGGUCUGCCCUCAAGCAGUCCCUAUACCACGGACUUUAGCUCGCCCUCGGCGGCCUCGCCUUUUGUGGCAGCUGCAGCGGCAGCGGCAGUGGCAGCUGGACGUGCGCCCAGCUAUCCUGGCUACUUCCCAGGCGUUGCCGGGCUGGGUAAUGUUACGCCCACCGAUCUCUCCAUGAAGCCCACGGCGCUUGGCGUUGGCGGCGGCCUCGCUGGCAGCGUCAGCAGCAACAGCAACAACAAUACAGUUAGCGCGCAGCUGAGUGCCGCCAAUCUGGCCACACUGAGCAAUGCCAGCAACAACAAUGUGCUGGCCACAGCCACACAGCAACUGCAGCAGCUGCAACAACAGCAGCAGCAACAGCAGCAGCAACAACAGCAGCAGCAACAACAGCAACAGCAGCAGCAACAGCAACUGCUCUCUACGUCCGGUGAUGCCAACUGCUCCCGAGUGCCGCCCAUUCUGCCCCACAAGCUGAGUCCCAACGAGGUGACCGCUGCCCGCCAGGUCAUAUCGGCGUACAGGGAGAGCGCUGCGUUCCUGCUGCGCACCGCUGACCAGGUGGAGCAGCUGCUGGUGCAACAGCAGUAGGCUGGCGAUGCAGAUACUGAUGCUGAUGAUGAUGAUGAUGAUGGUGGUGGCUAACAUUGGGCACUUUCCAGACCCGAGGCGACGCGAGGCGCGCGCGCGGGUUGUUCCUAUUUAAAUUUAAAUUUAAAUUGAAUUACACAGAGCAACAACAAAAUAAAAAAGAAAUAAUAAAACACUCACAGCAACUAAGCGAAUUAGAAAGCGAAAGCUACAAAAAUAGUCAAAGCAUAGCAGCAAAAAAAAAAAAACAAAACCAAAAAUCCAACCCCAAACAAAAUAAAUAAAACAGAAACAAAAUAGAUACAGAGAAACAGAUAAAACAAAAAUAGUCAAACAAUGUUCGUUUUAACACAAACAUUUUAAGUGUUUUUUCCUCCAAACUACGUACAGCAUAUUACAAAUAGCAUUAACGGAUAAACAAAAUGAUUAAUACGAAAUACCACAAAAUACCAACAAAUUCCAAACAAAAAUACCAAAAACCAAUCACUUAAUAUUGCAAUUGUCGCAGCCGCAAAACAGAAUUUUGCUUUGCAGUUCAAUAGCUCGCAGCUUCGCUAUAAAUAAUAAAAAACAAAUCAAAUUUAAACAUAAUUAAUUUUUUUAGCACUAUAUUAUUUGCAUGUUUUAUUCAUAGUAACGACUGCGAGAUAUUGAAUUAAAAAGCUUAACUCUGAUUAAAAUAUCAAAUAAUUAAAUGAAAACAAAACAAAAUCAUAAGCAGCAAGUCACAUUACUACAGUGUCUACUAAAAGUAAAACUACAAUAGCCACCCACACAAAAAGACAGUCACUCAAAUAUGUUCACACUCGCAUUACGUUGAAGUUUUUGUUUAAAUUUUACAAGUUUUUAUUACAUUUUAAAUGCUCGAAUAGAGCCACAGUUUCCGGCCCAGUUUGAUGUGCGCGAUUUGUUAAAAAAAAAAUAAAUAAAUAAAAAAAAAUAUACAAAAAAGCGAAAAACAAUAUAUUGUAUUGUAUGUAAUUAAGUUGAAGUAUUGUUGUAAAUUUUAAGUGUAUCAAAAGAGAUGAAAUGGUCGAGUUAGAAAAAAAAAAACACAUUUUAAGAUAACAAGCAUAACAAAAAUGAUAAAAACAAAAAAAAAAACAUUAUUUCAAAUAUAUGGGAAACUAUGAGAAAACACAGGGUGAUACUUUCUGAAAUUAUUACAAAAGCCUAAGCUAAAAUUUAAAACAAAAAAUGUGUAAAAAAAUAUAUAAAAAUGGUAUGGCAUAGAAGUUGGUAUAUGUGUAUUUAAAAGUGAACAAAAAAAUUCGAAAAAAAAAAAAUUUUAUUUUAUUAAAAUUAUGAAAUUAUAAAUUUUAUUUUCAUUAUACUGUCUCUAUUUUUGAUUUUGUAUUUUGACAUUUUUAUUGAAAUAUUUUUAUUAUUCUUAUAAUUCAUUGUAUAGAUCAUUAUUGUGUUGGUUUGUUUAUUGCAUACGAAAUAUAAAAUAAAAAAAAUACAUAAAUACCAAAUAGCCAUUAAUGUUUUUUUGCAUCUAUAAAUGUGCAUGUAAAAAUACAAUACAAUCCGAAAUUAAAUCGAGUCAAGAGAAAACCAAAUCGAAAAACCGCUAUGCAAAGCAAAUUAUAGAAUUUAAUAACAUAAAUAACAAAAUACACCAAAAGUAUUUAAUUAUUUAAUCAAAUAAAUAAAUAUUAAUUACACGAAGCGUGGCGCAAAGAGAUUCGAUAAAUUUGCUGGUCACGCAAAACGAAAACUAUUAUAAUACGAAAACACAAAUUUAUUAAUUAUAAUAUAAUGGAUUGAUAUUUGCAUAGAAAAGUAAACUGAUUAUAAAAGUCCGAAAACAAAAAAGACAAAACCCAAAAAAAAAAAAAAA